UUGUUUUUGUCUUUUAUCGAUAGGUAGUAGGUACAGUAAUUUGAAAUAUUUCUUAAUAUUUAUUAUCUUAAAUUGUUAUGAAUAAUGAAUCAUUAAUUGAAGCUGAGUAUCUAUUCAAAUACAGUUUAGCUUAGAGUGAUAUUCUAUGCCAAUAAAAUUGUAACCAAGAAACUAUGGGUGAUCUCACCGAGUUCUCGACCUGGCCUGGUCAUCCAAACAUAUUCUAUAAAGUAACGAGCGGUGCUGUAGCAUUUUCGGUUAAAGGCGAAACACAUGCUGCGGUAGGAUUAGCUAAAAAGUCGGGCGCAGAUUGUGAGCACGUGAUUGUAAUAGGUCAUAAUGAGUGUUGGGUGAACAGAAGUGGUAAGUGCAUUGAACGUCAUAGAGGCAGUAACAUGCUAAGUAGUCAAGCUUUUACUAAGUUUUGGAUUUCUUGGCACAACUCUGUGUUACAAUUUGGCAGAACCAAUGAUGGAAUUCCACUUAUACGUAAAGAAAUACCUGUAUCAGAUAUAAAAUAUGUUACAUUUUCUGCGUACAAUGGAGAAGCUAUGCAUUGGAAACUGUACUUGCCACCAAAAUUAGAAAAACUACAGCCAAAGAAGGUGCAAGGUGGGUUAGAGUGGGUCAAGGGAGGUGACUCACUUCCAAAUGGAGCCCUUAUUGGAGGUUAUGAGAAAGAGAUGCUUUAUGUAAUAAGGGCCAAACACCAUGCCAUUACAUUGGCACCAGGCAAAUUCGUACCAUCCCUCGGAUUAGCCAUUAUGUCAUGGGGUGGUGAAGCACAUAUAAAAAGUGAUUUUGAGGUCCUGUGUGGUUAUAAUUGUAUUUGGGUACCAACUAUCGGCGAUAUAUUACCCGUAGGCGCAGUGGUGGCCGGCUACGCGGGGCAAGAACCACUAUACGUGGGUCGUGUGGUUAAAAGCGGCCAUCUCCUACUAGGAAAAGUACUGAUGUCACAUAAAGUUUGUUACUUUCCCUACAAGGAUAGAGAAUUUUCAAAACAAGAAUAUGAAAUCCUGGUUAAUCCCGAAAUUUCCAUGGACAGUCCAAAUUGCUGCGAUAAGGAGCGAUUAUCAGGUGAAUCAGAACCUUACCUUGCAUAUUAUGAACACGCUCGUAGUUCUAUCUCCUCAGAUACAGAAUCAGAGUAAUUGCCUUACCAGUUAUAAAAAUUGCAUUGUAUGAAUAACAAUAGUUUCCUAAUUUCUGGACUGUGAUAGUGACGAAUUAUAGGCUAUUUUAAAAUGGCGUAAUUUCAAAAAUUCAAAAUUUAUAAGAAUAUUAAUAUAGAUAAAUAAUUAGUGCUUUAUGCAGACAAAUAUUAUAGAAGUAAAGUUUGUGGCGUUGUAGGGUAAUCUCUGGAUUUACUAAACUGAUUCUGAAAAUUCUUUUACCACUAGAAAGCCACGUUAUUUGUGAGUGUUGUAAGCUAUAUUUUUAUCCCCAUAUUCUCAUGGGAACAGUCCAAAUUGCUGUGAUAAGAAGCAAUAGGGAUGAUGACAGUUGACAGUUUUUCAAAUCUAUAAUAUAAAAAUGAAUCGCAAAAUGUGUUGGUAAGCGCAUAACUCAACAACGCCUGGACCAAUUUGGCCAAAUCUUUUUUUAAAAUGUUCGUUGAAGUUCAAGGAUGGUUUUUACGGCGAGAAAAAUUAGAAUUAUUGCUGGAAAAACCCUAAAAAUAGCCCUUUUCUUUUUCCCAUACAAAUGAUUUGUAACUAAAACGUAGUCAAUUUGAGCUUUAUUGUUAUUGUAUAAAGUUCAUAUUAAUAAUAAUUAGAAAACGGGGUAGGGGUAGGGUAGUGGUAGGGUAGGGGUAGGGUAGGGGUAGGGUAGGGGUAGUUGAAAGUUUACAUCGAGUUUCACGCGGACGAAGUCGCGGGCAUCCGCUAGUUGUAUAUAAAUUAAGACUUAAGAGUAUGCUAAUAGUAAAGCAAUAUUGUAAAAGUAGCAGGGUAUCUGCGAUCAUUACUUUCGGAGCUACAGGGAUUUAAAGGAUCAGAUUUGUGGCGCUGCCGCGGAUCCCUGAAAAACGCCCCAUACAAAAUGGUACGAACUUAUGAUGUCGUAUAACUUAUAAUGAUCGUUAGAUUUGUAUGGGCGUUUAAACAAAAUUACUAAUAUCUUAGUUAUUUCUGCGUUUAUGUUUAUAGUUCAAAUAUUAAAAAUUGUCACAUUUAAUUUAAGGAAGCUAAAACUGUAUUAAUUUUCAUCUAAUUACGAUAAAAUAUUUUUAAUAGAUUUUGAAAUUUUAUAAUCUUAUUUAUUUUGCAAAUAUCCAGUCAAUCUUUGCUUUUUAUGUAUAAAUUAGUUAACAUUGACCUUAUUUACCCGAAUGUAUCAUUAAAUCAAUAUAUUCAAACCUAGUCAUCAUCCCCAUUAUCAGGUGAUUAGGUCAAUACCAGAAUCUUUCAUUGCAAAUUGGGAACACGCUCGUAACUCUGCAACCUCAGAAUCAGAAUCAGAGCAAUUGCCUUACUAGUUUUUAUACAAAUUGCAUUGUCAAUUGUUUUUUAAUAUUGUUAAUAAACUUUUAUUUUUUAGUUUAGUUAUAUUAUUAUUACUAACGGACGCUCGCGACUUCGUCCGCCCCUAGACCUCUUUAACCCAGCUCUUACAGUAGUAUUGCUGUAAAAAUGCAGUAAUUUCUCCCGUUUUCCCAACAUUUCCCUUCACUGCUCUGCUCCUAUUGAUCGUAGUGUGAUGAAAAGUAUACUAUAACCUGCCCAGGAGUAUGAAGAAUAAUUGCACUAAGUUUCGUUAAAAUCCGUUGAUUAGUUUUAGUUUCUAUAACGAACAUACAGACAGACAAACAUUUUACUAAUUGCAUUUUUGGCAUCAGUAUCGAUCACUAAUCACGCCCUGAUAGUUAUGAGGUUAUAUUUCGUCGGAAUCUUUUUUUUUGGAAAUAUAUUUCAUGUACAGAAUUGACUUCUCUACAGAUUAUUUUAAGUACUUAUAGAUUUCAGCAUUUAUUAAUUUUAAUUUGUUUAUU